CGCCACUACAUCGAGCUUAGACCCCAUUUCCUCACCAGCCUUCCUCAGUCAGAGUAUCUGUGCCUCCAUCUGCAACUGCCAAACACGUGCCCACCUGCCUUAUUUGCCUCUCCAGUUAAAAAGGUAAUAAGGGGCAAUUGCCAUCCAACCAUGAGGGGGAAUUCCAGCAGAACACAGCUUGAUAAUGCCACCCUAUCUCUGUUUCAAAAUGUGAACACCAGCUCUGUCAUUUCUGUUAUAUACAUGGUUGUCACCGUCAUCAACCUAGUGGGAAAUGGCCUAUCAAUUUGGCUCCUGCUGUUUCGUACGUCCCCGAAGACUCCAUCCAUCAUCUUCAUGAUUAAUCUAACUCUCACUGACUUGGCUCUUGGCUCUGCCCUUCCCUUUCAAAUCUCCUACCAGCUCCAAGGAUACAACUGGACACUAGGAUCCAAGAUGUGCAGCUUCCUGACCCUUGUUUUCUACACCAACAUGUAUUGUUCUAUCCUGACGAUGAUGGCCAUUGGCAUCGAUCGCUACCUGGGCAUUGUGAAGCCCAUGAUAUUCAGAAAGAACAAGAGGAGAAAGUCUAUCGCUGUUUUCAGCUGCCUCUUGAUGUGGGGGUUGGUCCUGGGUGUCCUGUACCCUCUCAUGACCACAGACCUGACUUUUGAUAUCCCUGAACUUGGGAUCACCACAUGCUUUGACGUGCUAAAGAAAUCAAUGCUCCCAACAGUGGGGGCCUGGGCAGCGUUCCUGUUCACCAUGGUGUUUGUGCUCUUCCUGUUACCCUUCUGUGUCACAAUGUUCUGCUAUGUUAGUGUCAUAUACAAGCUGUCUAGUGAUUGCAAGACGGUGCAGAAAGACAGGGCCAUACGCCUGGCUAUUGUCGUUCUUCUGGUUUUUGUGCUCUGCUUUGCUCCAAACAACAUCCUCUUGUUGACUCAUAGUAUCCUGAGGCUCUUCUAUAACAAGUCUUUGUACAUGGCCUACAAGCUUUCUCUCUGUUUUAGCUGUCUAAACAGUUGUCUGGAUCCUUUCAUAUAUUACUUUGCUUCAAAAGAUUUUAGGCAGAAAUUGAGACAGAUAUUGAAUUUGCACAGCCUGAGUAGCGCAGACUCUAUAAGGACAGAGAACAAAGAGACCUUGUACUCUGGAUAGUCAGAUUUAGAACCUACCAAUAAUACAAAACCUUAAAAAGACUUGUGAAAGAAGGAAAGUGACUAAAAUUAAGGCGGGGUUUGGAGAUCUUGCAACAUGUGUUCUUGUUUCAUGUUGCAAAAUCCUUUAUCUUUUGAACGAUAGGGGAAAAAUUGGUCAAUAACAGUUAAUAAAAUGUUACUUGUCAGCUCAAAGUCAAAGUUUUUCGCUAUUCCAUGAUCUGUAUUGAAGCAACUGGACAAUAGGUGUUCAACAAGCAUGUUUGCUGGAGCUUGUUCAUCAGUCCUUUUUCAUUUCUGGACUAACUUGUGACUUGAGAUUAACCUGCUUAGAUUAUUACCAAUAAGAAACAAAUUCACUGUCUUUAGUCUUCAAAUCUUACAGCCACAUCAUGCACAGAAAGAUAAAUAUUUAUGUUAGGACCAUAACUGAUGUAUGAAAGCCUUCUAAAUUGUAUAAUAGCACCUAACUAUAAUGUAACAAUUCAGAAACAUAUUAAUUGAAUAAGUUGAUAUAAUUGACAUUUAAAUCCAAUAAGAUCAUUGUUCUUUUUACAUUUUUAUCAUGUGUCUGUUACAACUGGUGAGGACUAUAUUUUCUAAAUGUGCUCAAAAUAUGACAUUUUCAUUAUUGAAUGUUUUGAACAGGUUAUAGUAAUGGAGAAGGACAACGUUUGAAGAGAAUGUUGCACAUUACUUAAGUAAAGUAAAACUUAGCAACAUUGACAAGGAAUGUUUUCUAUAAUUUUUCCUGGUAAAUGUGAAAGGGAACCAUGUUGUUUUACUCUGCAUUUAUGUUAUGUUAUGCUUUAACAGUGUUUAUAUUUUAGGUUUCAUUUAUAUGAUCUGGUACUACAGGUGACUUUCUUUCUUUCUUUCUUUCUUUCUUAUUCCCAAGUGAUGAAUGCAAUUCUUAUCUUACAGAAUUGUUAUUCUGUUGUGCAAAGUCCCACUUAAGCCAUCACCAUCAGUGGAUUAUUUUGCAAAAAAGUUUACCUGUCUGCUCAAACAUCACAUCAUGACUGUUUUUACUGCAAAAUAUGUAGCAUUCUAAGCUGUGAAUUUAUGUAAAAAUGUAUGUUUCAGGUUAACCUAAAUGCUUAGGUUAAUAUAAUGGUUGUUAAUGGUGGUCUUUCUUUUACAUUUGUAAAUAUGUCAGUGUAUAACUGUCAAAAUACCAAAGUCGUUGUUUUGUUUUUUUGAUUAAAUGAUAAUAAACUCUC